UAAUACCCCGCGUCUUGCGUUUUUGCCCCUCUCCGCCCCUCGGACCAUUCCCUUACCCCCCUUACCCUUACCCACAUACCCCUCGGCGACGCUACCGACUGGCAGGCCUUGGAGGAAAAAAGUCGCCACUAAAAAGUUCUCACAUCUCGGGACAUUCAAUCCGUGAGGGCCCUCGUUGAAUAUUUUCACCUCAUAUCAAACCAAGCUAUUUCUUUCUAACCCCCUCAUAAAAUCUCCCUCCAAAAACUUUCCUCCAAAACCCCCACCGACCCCCCUGGACUCCCCUCGACUCCCCUCGACUCCCCUCGACUCCCUCGCGCCUCCUUAAUAAUCACCACCCACCGUCACCAUGACCAACGAGUCAGCUGCGCAAAACGGCAACGCCGCCGAUGACAAGCAAAUCCCCUCCUUCGCCGUCAAGGCCGGCCUUGCCCAGAUGCUCAAGGGCGGCGUCAUUAUGGACGUGACAAACGCCGAACAAGCCCGCAUCGCCGAGGAAGCCGGCGCCUGCGCCGUCAUGGCCCUCGAGCGCGUCCCCGCCGACAUCCGCCGCGACGGCGGCGUGGCCCGCAUGUCGGACCCGGCCAUCAUCCGCGAGAUCCAGGAGGCCGUCACCAUCCCCGUCAUGGCCAAGGCCCGCAUCGGCCACUUCGUCGAGUGCCAGAUCCUCGAGUCCCUCGGCAUCGACUACAUCGACGAGUCCGAGGUCCUCACGCCCGCCGACCGGACCUACCACGUCGAGAAGCACGGAUUCAAGGCCCCCUUCGUCUGCGGCUGCCGCAACCUCGGCGAGGCCCUGCGCCGCGUCGCCGAGGGCGCCGCCAUGCUGCGCACCAAGGGCGAGGCCGGCACCGGCGACGUGGUCGAGGCCGUCACCCACGUCAAGCAGGUCCGCGCCGACAUUGCCCGCGCCCAGGCCGUGCUGGCCUCCGAGGGCGAGGUCGGCAUCCGCGCCCUGGCCCGCGAGCUCGAGGUCGACGCCUCCUUGCUGAAGCGCGUCGCCGAGGAGGGGCGCCUUCCCGUCGUGAAUUUUGCGGCGGGCGGCGUCGCCACCCCGGCUGACGCGGCGCUGAUGAUGCAGCUCGGCUGCGAUGGCGUUUUUGUUGGGAGCGGCAUUUUCAAGUCGGGUGAUCCCGCGAAGCGCGCCAAGGCCAUUGUGCGGGCCACCACCCACUUCCGUGACGCUGCUGUGCUUGCCGAGGUUUCUACGGGACUCGGCGAGGCUAUGGUUGGCAUUAACUGCGAUUCUAUGCGGCCGGAGGAGAAGAUGGCCGGCAGGGGAUGGUAAAACGAAUGUGUAGACGGGCUGCUCGAUUGUCGAGAUACAUGAUAAAUCUUACGAACAAAGACGAACAUCGUUCUAUGAAUGCCGGAUGGGAAGCCGUUAUGUUGUUGCUAGUUCUUACGCAUGAUAGGUGCCGUAGGACGGUAGGAACGAGAGUAAUGAAAUGCUACAGAGAAAUGUAUUGUCCUGGCAAUGAAAAAGGAAAUUCAUUUUGGUUGAGUCCUUACGAAGCGAUUUUCGAAUCCCGAUUUCUAUAUUUCAUUGUAGGUAAAUGAAGGGGGAAAAAAAAGGAAUAGGAACAGGAACAACAAGAAGACCAACAAGAAGAAGAAUUGAAAAUAAAUAUGUACAAGCCCCACGGUACUAUUAUAAAGCCUACUCAG